UCAUUUUUUUUCUUGUUAUCGUUGACAUUUUCCAUGCACUUUUCUGCAAAUGGUUGUUUACUGCCAUUGUGUGCUGUUGAUGGAAUGGCAGUUACCACAGUGGAAGGAAUCGGAAGUACCAAGACUACACUCCAUCCUGUACAGGUAGAAAUAACAUGAAAUACCAUACCCUUAUGAUUAGGCUGGUUUUCACUAUGAUGGAGUCAGAGUAAAAGAGAAAAUCGCGGUGAGUGCAUGGAGACAUUAGCCUGCGCCACAGACGAUACUUAGCUUUGGUUAAGUCCUUCUACGAAACAUUGCCAAAAUCCUUGUUGUGGGGCCUCCACCUGUGUAGCAGGAUCUGAGUAUGCACCAUGUUUUUUUUAGCCUGGUAAAAAACAUUGUCAGUAAUUUGUCAGCCAGGUUGAAAAGAAAUCAAAAUGCACUCCCAGUAAUUUGCUGAGUCGGUUAGUGGCCCAGAACAAGGAUUUUGGCACUGCUUUGCAGAUGUUACUACCGAGGUUUUAUAACAUCUGUGACUCAGGCUAGGAGUCAUGUUUAUGACUGCAUCACUUGCGAUCAAGACAUUGGUGAAAACCAGACUGUUGAAGCUGGAGGCAGAAGUUGAAGGAUUGACAAGUCAAAAUGCUUUUCCCACACUUUGUAAUACUGGAACACUGUUUUCACUAGAUUGUAUUGCUCUGUGCUUCUCAUUAUGACUCCGACUCUAACCUCAUUGCUAGUGAAAACCAGUUUUGAUUAUAUUCAUCUUCUGUUGCAUACUGGGACCUGGAAAUCCACUUGCGGUAAUUUAAUAAAAAAUUUAACAAACGCUGAUCUAGAUUUUUUCUUGGAAUGUUUUAUUCACAAGGAGAGGAUUGCUAAAUCCCAUGGAUCCCAGUGUGGAUUUUGUACACCAGGAAUUGUGAUGUCAAUGUACACCCUCCUGAGGAACAACCCUGUACCAACAAACGUAGAAAUGGAAAGUGCAUUUGAAGGUAAUAUGUCUGUAGGCAACAAAUGGACUUUUUGAGAGGUUUAAUUUGUCUGCCAUAAAUUCUUUUUGUUGUACCCUGUUGUUAAUAUGACUUCCCGUAUUUAUUCGAUUAUUAAAUUUUUGGAUAUUGAGAAGGGGCGCCUAUUCAAGGUGUGGGCACUUAUUAAAUUUUCAUUAUUUUAAUUCUACAAACUUAUUAAGGGAAUUAAUUUCCAACAAAAUAGUAGAUUAAACAACAAAACACGAAGACAUGUGCCAGAACAGACUUUUCACUGUUCACAGAAAGUUUAUUUUUUUUAAAAAGACUGUUAUAAAGAACUUGGUCUUUGGGGAAGUCUGUCAGUAGUAUACCCACAUGUAGUCAAUUUCUAUGAAGCCAGCUCUCUUUUUUGGCUUAUAUAUGUCUCUCAGUGUAACGCCUUUUAAAUGUGUCAGUCAACAAAAAGAAGAUAGUUCAGUAAAGAAGUUACUACCCAAUAGGCCAUUUCCGAGGUCCCCGGGACCUCUGUUUCUAAACAAGGGUAGGUGCUCAGCCUUUGAUAAGGAAAUCAUUUUUCAUUCUCAUGCAAAUAAAACUCAUUUUCACAAGAAAGGUUGUGCACCUAGGCUUAUUUUGAAAGUGAGGGUUUUUGGAACUCGGAAGUGGCCUAUUCUCUUCUUGACCACCUGAAUUUUUAAUUUUUUUGGGGGGGGAGCGGGAUGGGUGGGGGGUGGGCACAUGGUGAAGUGUUUAAUAACUUUUCCUCCCUGCAGGAUGGGCACUUAUUGAGGUGGGUGCUAAUUGGAGGUUGGGUGCUUCAUGAAAUAAAUUACAGUAUUUGCUUUCCAGGUAAUUUAUGUAGAUGCACAGGCUACAGGCCUAUUCUGGAAGGAUUUAAAACUUUCACAAAGGUGACAUCAUAAAUUUAUUAUUUUGUCCUGCUUUUUUACAAUGUUGCUAGCUUAAGAAAGGAAAGCCUAGAAUUAGGUCUCCUGAUCAAGUGGGCAGCACAAGAACACGUUUGCAAACUUAAAAGCUAGGCUUUCUUUUCACUGACUGAGCUAACCUUGUGGCAAUCAAAUGUGAGAAUGCUUCUGCAUCAGUGAUCAUGCUGUCUGCUGAUCAUGAAUGGUUUGUUGUGUUUCAGGAAUGUUGUGGUAAAGGUGUAAAUGGCUGCUGUGUCAUAGUAAACCAGAAUGGAAAGGCUAAUAAUGAAACACAGAAUGGAGACAUAAAUGUGAGCUUUCUGUAUUCUUAAACAGUUAUUUAAUAAACUCUUUUACUGUUAGAUUACUGUAAAAUUUCGAAAAUAAGCCCUGGGGCUUAUAUUUUUCAAAGGCCCUUUUAUAAAGGGGCUGAAUUUUUGGAGGCUUAGCUCAACAAAGAGUCAAUUUUACUAAGAAAGGAAUUUUUAAUUUCAAAAAAUUGAUUAAACGGUUAAGUCUUAUAGUUGGAAGUAAAUUCAAAAAAUUACUUAUAUUUUUGCCCCUUUGGCUUAUUUUAGGGGCUUUUUGGCUUAUCUAUGGAGGGGCGUUUCAAAAUUUAAUGGUUUUUUUGCAUUACUGGAUUGGGGAUCUUAUAUUUGGAGGGGCUUAUACAUGGAGGGGCUUAUUUUCGGAAUUUUACGGUAUAUUGUUGUUUAUAUAAAAUCAUUCAAUGCUGCAUGGACUACUAUUUGUCAUUUUUAUAAUUUUUUGGGGACCACCACCCACUUGAGGGUGAUGAUAUUUUUCAAACACUCAAUCCCUUUUCAACAUCUUAAAUUUAGGGGGUAGACCCAUAAUUAUUCAUCAAUCCCCCCUUCCUCUCAACAAGUUUUUGUGAACGCUCCCUUAGCAUUCUAAAAAAAAAAAGAGAAAGAAAAGCUAUGUGGAGAAAGGAGAGAAAAGGUUUUAAAUUAUUUUUACAAAUUUAAAAUUAUUUCAUUUUUAUUUGGGUCACACUUGCAGGGUUGCAAUGAAUUGUUUAAAGCAGAGGACUUCACUCCAUAUGACCCUACACAAGAUGUGAUAUUUCCACCUGAAUUGAUGGUAAGCCAGCCUGUGGGACACUGAUUAAAAUCUGGUUGUGAAUAAAAUGUAAUUGACUAACAGAAUGUAAUCACUUAGUGGUCAAAGUUAAAAUUCCAGUCCUUGAAAAAAUAAUAAUUUUAUGGAGAAAAAAAUCUGGAAGUACAAACUGCGAUGCAGCUGUUCUGCCAAGUGUUGAUGAAUGCAGGCAUGCCAGAGCUUUUAGGAAGCGUGGCCAGGAAAUUUGGUGAACACCUGAAUACCUUGACUGCAAAGGAAAAUCGGCAAACGAAUUGCAACCUUCACAAUAAUUAUUACUGAUAGCCCCGAUAACAGUGUUUCUAUUUCAGGGAAAGCAGGAAUUGCUCUUGUGGAUUCUCAUUCAGAAGUACAGUGAAACCUGUAUUAAGCGGACACCCUAUUAAGUGGACACCCUCUAUUAAGCAGACGGUAGUCGAAGUCCCCAAAUGUAUUUCCCUUAUUUUCUUUAAAUGAAACCUUUAUUUAGCAGACACCCAUAUUAAGCGGACGCGGACACCUAAAAAGUACCUGAAAUGGUCAUUUCUAUUGUUGCCAACCUGUAUUAAGGUCUCGGUAAAUGAAAAUUUUAGUACAUUGCUCGAUUUUGUUUUUUUUGGAUUUUUGGCAUGAGUGGGUCCUAAAUUUUAUUUUGGCAGAAAAAGAAAAUCAGAAAGUGCUUUUUAACCCUUCUAAAAUGAGCCUUUUCUGAGCUAACCAGCCAAGCGUGGACUUCGCGCUAAAUCUUUAGAGCUGAUUUUCUCUCACUCUAUUUUAGACGCAAAAAUCAAAAUUCUCCGACCUCCAGUCGGGACAGGUUUUAAGCUAUCGCUUUGAAACUUUCAGAUAUGAUGGAUAAUGAUAUAGACUCAAAAAGGGUGUGAGGAAUUUUCCGAUUUUCCUUUGUAACUCAUUUUAUGUCAGUUUCUUUGCGUAAAUCGCGCUCGAGAUUCGACUUUUUAGUUUGAAAUGCAAUAAUUCCGCUAAUACGAGACAUAUACAAAUUUCCUCACACCCUUUUUUAGGUCUUUUAUCUGUCAAUCAGAUACAAUAAAAAGGAAGUGAAUAUUUAACAACGCGAAAGGGCUGGAGCUUCAGCAGUAAACUCGAUACCUCUGAGUUCGAGAACAAAAAACUUAAGCCCCUUUGGUAAUUCGAUGAAAUAAAAUCUUUUCUAAGGUAAUUUAGUCUUUUAGCUUUAAUUUGAUAUAUAACUUGCCUUUGUAGCGAAAAUACUCGCGCGACUAGAAUUUUUUUCUGUGGGCACCUCGUUUUCCUUUACCGAGACUUUAAAUGGACACUUGUAAUUAAAUUCCACCACCCAACAUGCCAGACACCGGAAAUGUGAAAGAUAAUUGCCUCGAAUUGCCACCCACAAUUUUUUUGAUUUUUACAUUAAAAAACGGGACUUGAAGAACUUAUUUGAUCAUUUUCUCAGUACAGUAUUGUUUUCUAUUUCGUUUUGUUUGUAUAGAGCUUGUUUCACUCAUCUGAUUUCUUCAAUUUUGAGUUGCAAUCUAUGUUUAUGAUACUAUGAUCAAAUUGGUCCACUUUGAUAAAGAAAUUAGUGCAAACGUAUAUCGUCAUAGUCUCUGGGACUAUUCUAAAUGUUUCCACUGUUGAUUUCAAUGGCAUUUGACACCUCAUAUGACUUUAUCUAUCGAAACCUGUAUUAGGCGGACACCCUGUAUUAAGCGGACACUACAGCAUUCCCCAAGGGUGUCCGCUUAAUACAGGUUUCACUGUAUACUACUGAAGGUUUUUAAUAUAACAAUUUCAUUUCUUCCAUUAGUACAUUAAAAGUGAGCUUUUUUAAUGUAAUAAUGGUAAGACAUGAAAUGGUUAACCUUCAGUAGUGUCCUUAUACAUGUACUUCUAUAAUUUAUUUGAAACAAGUCUGGUCCUUGAACUUUCAGCUGAUCCCCUGUUUUGUGGAAAGUCCUUUUCCCACCACUUUCCUGGAAGCAUUUUUUAAAUUUGAUGAUCACCCACAUAAAGUGUCUGUUGAAUCUAGAUAACUGUAAAUUAUUCACUGGACUUCAAGAAAACAGUAAUAGACUAUUACAUUAUUUUGCUAUUCACUGAAUUCUUAGCUCCCAGAAGCUGCCAAGCCAAAAAGUUUGCACAUUAAAGGAGAUCUUCUGACCUGGUACCGGCCAGCAAGUUUGGAGGAGUUGUUGGAAUUGAAGAGAAAACACCCACAAGCUAAACUUGUGAUUGGUAACACUGAAGUAGGUAAGCAAGGCUGCUCCUUGAGAAAAUUUUUUGGGAGUGCUUCCAGCUCCUAAAAUAAAAGGUUAGGUGCCUGAGCCACAAUUUCUAGGAGCCCAUUGACCAAUAAACUAAAAUAAGUAAGCAGAUGCUCGAAACUUGAAUCACAUGUCUUGAAACUCGAUUUGUUAAUGUUUCGAAUUUUGAGUAAAGUGCUUGUUUGUUUACUUUUAUCAGUGGAAAUUUUUUGCAUACGGUCAAGAACACACGUUUUUUGUUUUCGUUUGAAAAGCGCAAAAUGAGCAGGGAAUUCUGUUCUUCCUUCACUGGAAGUAGGCAUAGAGGCUAUUGCCAUGAGAAUCACAAGUUUUAGGCACCUGGGCAGGUUCCUUGUUUAAAAUUGCAGUCGUCGACGAGCAAAUCGUAGGAGCCUAUCUGGUGACCGGGCGCUUGUUAGACAGCAGCCUUGGGUACGGGUUGCUUUUUUCCCCAAAUGUAAUUUAAUUAUUUAUAGGAGUAUUUUCCCCAUAGUUUCCCAUUGGCUGCACGCUGGACCAUGAAUUAAUGGAAGUUUCUUUUUGACUUAUUAAUGAGUUUUCAACACCUAAUGCAAGGUGCAAAGAAAGUCAGUUUUGCAGCAUGUCAUUUGGGCUGUAGCUAGCAUGUAUUUAAUAGCUCGAAAAAAUGUUUUGAUGAGCAGGAUUGGUUACAGCUCUUCUGUAAUUAGAAUUCCCCAAAAAACUUCCCUUGUCAAUCGGGCAAAAUCCUGAUAGCAAAAUCCAGUAGCCCUGGGCUAUCAAACAUGACUUCCUUUGCACGCUGCUACAGGUAAUUUGGUUUACCAAAUGUUAACUGUUCUAUUUUCUUAUUUUUUUAAUCAACAGGAAUUGAAAUGAAGUUUAAAAAGCAAAACUACCCAAUCCUUAUUGCACCGACUCACAUCCCAGAGUUAAAUGCUGUAGAGGAGACUGCAGAUGGUAUCAUAUUUGGAGCAUCUGUCACCCUUACUACUCUUGAACACGUACUUAAAGAUGCCACUCAUACUAUGCCAGGUAAAUAAGAAUUUUUUAAUUUUUUUUGCUCAUUAGAAUGCAAUGCUCAAGAAAGCUUAUAACGCGGGCAUAGCAUGGGAUUAUGCGGGAAGAAAUGUUAGAGCAUCAAAGCCCCAAACUAGAGGGUCUUUUGGGGGGGGGGGGGUCAUUUUUUUUCAGAUUUUAGCUGUGCGCAUGAGCCUAUGUGCAUUUUUAGAUGCUGAAAAAUGACAGCACAAAUCCUACUGAUGGGUAGGUCUCCUGUGCUGAAGAUAGUAUAACAUCAUUCAGCUCUUAUUUUUUGGUAAGAGGUAGGCAUCUUAAGAUGCACAGCUUUGGUGGUAAACCAUAAGGAUAUUUGGCUGAGGGAAUGGGGGGCAAUGCUACCCACCCUGAUUUCCUUAGCUACUCAUCACAUUGGUCAUUCUGUGUCCAGGUAUUUUCAUAUCUGUUAUGUGCUUGUUAUUUAACUUUCCAGUGUACAAGACUAGAUGGUUUGCCGCAAUACUUCACAUGCUUAAGUGGUUUGCUGGUCAUCAAAUAAGAAAUGUCGGGGUAAGUUGACCAUACAUCAAGUGACGGAGAUCACUUUCUAAUAAUAAUAAUGAUAAUUAUUUCCCUAGUUCAGAAUACUUCGAAAGAAUGUUGGCCUCUGCUUUUUUGUCGUGAACAAUUGGACAAAAUAUACUAUGGUUGAGGGGUCAGCUUGUAGUCCAUGCAGGAUAAGUAGAGUUGCAGAGCUGUAUAGGGGUAACAGAUUCCAUCAAGGCAUUUUGAGCACUGUCAUGUAGUAAUAUAUAGAUUUAGCAAGGGCUAAAAGCGAAGCCUCCGUUUCUAUACUUAUGAUAAAAGCAAUAAAAUUUAAAAUUAAUAACAUGAACUCUUAGUCAAGAAAAGAAAUCUUGACAUCCCUAUUAACUGAACAAUGAAGCCUUCGGUAUGAGUUCACCUUUUGAAGGAGGGGCUAAAUGAUUGAGAAAAAUAUCCCGCAAACAGACCUGAAUUAAAAAAAUUGUGUAGGUCUCUUCAAUACCAGCAAUUUACAGGUUAUGAUUUCUGGGGUCAGUAUUUCAGUCUUUAAGGGAAGACCUAAAAGGAAAAUCAGGCCGACUCAGGAACUUUUGUCUUCCCGUAAGCCCAUUUAAUAUUUUCUUUCCUUUUCUUUUCUAUUAUACACCCUACAGUAAAUUUUUUUUUCAGAUAUUGUGACUUAUUAAUGUAAAGGCUAUACGAACAGUUAUGUAUAGCCUUUACAUUAAUAAGUCACAAUAUCUGAAAAAAAAAUUUUACUGUAAGGUGUAUAAUAUUUUCUUUGAGGACAGACAUAGGAAAGCAAAGGAUAACCUUUUACGCUAUUAACUGUAAUACAGCAACUUACAAGUUUGCAUUUUUAAAAAAAUUGACAAACUCGGGCUCGAAUUGCCUACGAGUCUGUCGUUAGAAUAGAGGAGAACUCUCGUAUUUUAGAUAAGCUCACUUUUUCAGCGAGAAUAAUAAAGCCGUAAACAAACAACGGAAAACAAACGCAGUAAACUUCAUUCAAGCGGUAUUCAGCUGUAUUCCGGGCACGAGUUAUGGAAAAAGAGCAGCACACUGCAAAACUGCAGAAAUUCUUGAAUUCUACCCACUGCAAAAUUCUUGAACGGCAAGUAAUGAAUAGGAAAAUGAAUAGCAAUCAAUGGAAUAUGUACAAAAACAGCACUGCGGUUUUAAUUCAAGAAAGGGGAGUAGUUAGCCUGCGAAAACAUCCGUUUCUGCUCUCAGCGGCGAAGAGCGAGGAGAAACGGAUGUUUUUCGCAGGCUAGGGAGUAGUCCGUCUGAAGUGUCUCUAAAAAUCUCACGGUUGUUAUGAAUGACGAACAAUGACAGAUAAAUAACUUAAUUUCUUGAAAAUGUUUAUUCAAAAACCCAUAAGUUAAUCCUAAAAAGCAAUUCGCGUAACAAAACUGGAUCGUGGAUGCGUUCGUGAACGCAAGUUAACUCGGCUGAGCAUCCGGGAGCUGGGGGUACUCCCUUAUAUGGCCUAUACGGGGAUAUGCUGGACAGGGUAUGGUUCUCGUCCUCUCUGUCCUAAACAGGGUAAAUAAUUUCGCACAAGUCUGUCCUAAACCGGCAGGGUAUAUAAUUUCGCGCAAGGGGGUCUAUCCCAAACAGUGUGCAUGAUUUGUGCGAGUGUGUUCUAGUAAUAAAAUUGAGGGAGUUGUCCUAAACAGGGUACUAAAAUUGAGAAUGUCUUCCUAAAUAGGGUAUGUGUUUUAGGAAAUUUUGUCCUAAACAGAGUCAGGGUUUCAAACCCUCAGCAGCUCACCCCCAAAAAUUGAUCGAGUACCCCCCCACCCCCCCUGGUUAAGCACAUGGCAAAAAAUCAAUUUCAAAUGCAAAUUUUGUGGUUUUUCUUUCACGCCGAUGUCAAAAUGUAGAAAACGUCCAUGAAACUUUUAUAAAUACAAAAAUUCCCUUUUAAAAACGUACUUUCCUUGACCUUAGAGUACAGAAUGUACCUCAAGUUUCUUCCGAAUCCUCGCUGCCUUGGUUGCUUCAAAACAAGCCAAAGAUCCGUGGUUGAAUUCUUCGAAAGACAAUUUCAUAGCGAAAAGCUUUCGUCUGUCCACAAAAAGGAAACUGAGCAUUCCAUUGAACUUUCUCUGUCCAUUUGUGUCUUUUAUCGUCGUAUUUUCAAUCUUGAAAUGUAAAACUUUGGUCUUGAAAACCACCACAUGAUGAACGCGCGCCAGCCUUUUAGUUGAUGGAUGGCAUUUACUGAGUUAUCAAAUCCGUUUCAUCCCCCACCCCCUAAAUCGUUGACAUGACCAUUGGACGUUUGUGGGGGAGGGGGGUAUGGGUGAUUUUGAGGUAAUAAUUUUUUCCCAAACCUCUGGAGUUAGACACUUUUUUCCCCCACAUAUAGCGGUAUAAGAUUUGUUUUCAGCAUUAUACGUCACUGAUGAGGAAUAUUUUUUUCGGUGUAGGAUAUUGUUUUUCCCAGGAAUUUUGUCGCAUACUUUUUCCUCUCGAAAUCACCCAUAAAACCACUCAAAUAGUCAAAUAGUCAAUACUCAAGUCAAAUAGUCGGCCCCUAAAAUCCACCAAACAUUUGAUCACUGGACAGAUUCUGUUAUGCAAUCAUUUCUAAAGCCUUUUGAAACAAUAGGGGACAAAACUCUCUAGGGAGAUGGCAGGAAUUCGUUUCUACUUCCCACUACCCGGAGAGUCCAUUCUCUAUUUUCCAAUUGCCCAUAAUACACUCUGUUUGCCCCCCAAAUUCUGCAUAAACCAUUGUUUUUAAAUGCUCCUGGGAGUACUGCAUUUUCCCAAGAGCAUUUUAAGACAAUAAGUUAUGCAAAAUUUGGGGGGCAAACAGAGUGUAUUAUGGGCAAUUGGAAAAUAGUCAAUAUAGACGGACGGACGCUGGCGUCAUAACCAAAAUUUCUCCGAUAAAUAGUUUAUCAAAUUUUUUUACCCAUGGUGCUCUGCUGCGCGCGCAAGGGCUCCGUUAUAAACCUCCCGUUUGUACCCAAAACUUAGUAGUACAAUGUACGAUCAUGCUAAAUAGUGAGCUAUUUGCCCAAAGCGAAAUCCAAAGAGAAUCAAAGGCUCGUAAGAGCUAACCCUUUCAUACAUAUAACAAAAAUUAUGGCAAUUGCUCACUGGUAGAUGGAGAAUCGCCAAUGGUUGUCAUGUGUGCACCAUGUGGGAUGUACAAAUCACGCUUUGCAAAGACUUUUUCUGAAAACAUUUUGCCCAAUAAUUUAGUAUCUUUCCUCUCUCAAAGUGGAGCAUGAAUUAGACAUUUAUUUCAUGUUAUCUGGUAAAAAACAGUGCAAUCUUUGAGGCAUACAACAAGAUUCCUUAAAAUAUUAUUAAUACCUACCGCUUUAAGUAUGCACCUAAGCUUUUGUUAGAGCUAUUUUUGUUACAUUUAAAAGUAAUUAUAUAAAUGAAUUCACUGCACCUCAGGCCAUUGGAGGGAAUAUUAUGACUGCCAGCCCUAUAUCCGACUUGAAUCCAGUGUUUAUGGCUGCUAGAUGUACACUGACAUUGGCGGCUUCUGGAGGUCAGUAAAAUUAUAUGUUAUUUAUAAUAACAUUUGUACAAAACCUCGCUAUCAGUUCCUGUAUGUCCAUGAGCCAAUUAGCUGAAAUAUCUGUCUCAGCUUUGGCAUAACUAUCCUAUCUCUAUUCCUCAUGAGCUAAGGAGGGGCUAUUUGCAAAAAGGCAAUUUUAGUUUGUAAGAAUGCGAAGUAAAGCGUCGCUUGAAUUUUCAGUGGGUGGUGGUGGGGAAAAAAAGAACCUUUGGUCUUCGUCUGGGUUCAUGGAAAGCUGCUACAGGACAACAAGUCUCUGCCUUUUAUUUGCCAAAGCUGACAACUUUGGAUGAAUUUUUUGAAAAUUUGAAAAAAAUAUGUACCGGUAUUUACUUUUUUUCUUAUCUCCUGAAUUUUGUAAGGAAAAACAAGAAAAGUCAGGCUAGAUGAGAGUUUCUUCACUGGCUACAGGAAGACAAUACUGGAACCAAGCGAAGUGUUAGUUAACAUUCUCAUCCCAUUUACUGAGAAGGUAAAGUUGCAAUAUAGGCUUAUAUCUGGUGAGGGUAAGGGGCCACGUCCAGUACUGAGGAUACAGAGGGGAGGGGUAGAGACUUGGAUGUGGAGUGUGGUGAGAGGUGUGGGGCUGUAAGCUAAAAUGAAUGUCAGCUCCAAGGGUCGUGAUCAAACCUUUCAGUGUAAUCAAUGUAUCUCUAGCUGAGGGUAGAAAACAUCAAGAUUGCUUAUAAUUCCACAAAACCAACCUUUUCACUGUUUUAUUUGUUAACGGCAUAUUGUAUUUAAAACACCUGUGACAAUUCCAAUUGUAACCAUCACCUUCAUAAGAUUGUUGGCUGUUUGAAUGAUGAAUGUUUUGAAUUAUAAGUGAAGUAAUGAGAUUCCGUUAACCAUCCCACAGUUUGCAGAUUAUAAGUUAUUAUGAUUUCUUACAUAAGCUUCUUCAGGAGUCAAUGAAUACGUAAAAAGGAAGUCUAAAUUCCAGUUCUGAAUGUUCCAAUGUACAAAGUAUCCAUUUAAGAUGGAAGUGUUGGAGUUCCCUAACUACUUAUUUCUUACAUUUAUGCUUCUUCAGAAGUCAGUUAAUACUUCAAAGGAAAUCUAAAUUCCACUUCAGAAUGUUCUUUUUAGAAUUCAUUGAUCUAUUAGUUGUUUUAACAAUGAACAUUUUCCUUUUUCUUAAAGCAUGAAUAUGUUUACGCCUUCAAACAAGCUCGUCGGCGAGAAGAUGACAUUGCGAUAGUCAACACAGGAAUGAGGGUACUGUUAGAAAAGCAAGGCAAUUCUUCUUCAUGGCAAAUCAAAGACUGCAGUUUUAGCUUUGGAGGAAUGGCUCCUACAACAGUUAUGGCUAUGAACACCAUCAAGGGUCUUACAGGGCGGUAAGGAAAGCCACUCCAUCUUGUUUCCGCAAACAGCUCCUCAUUCAGUUCUUUUUUAUCCUCUUUAUAACAGCCGUUUUUCCACAUUAGGGAGCUUAAGCAGCGACGACGCGGACGGCAACGAGAACGGCAAAAAAGCAAUAGGUUUGAUUAGUAAAACAACAACAAUGCACGUGCAUCACGCUUUUUUUGUACAUUUCUUUGGCGUCAUUGCCCGACUACAACGUGAAAGUGCCUGAAUUCACGUUUUGUCGAGGACGGGAACCCAAGACAACAACUUUCUUUUCUUUUCCUGAACUUUGAUACAGUCGUUUAGAAUUCAACUCCAAAAACAUUUGCCAACAUUUGACGAAGUAAACGAGAUGGAAUAAGCGCGAUAAAGUUUGAAGCGGUGCAAAUUCACUUUUUAAGUGACGUUUUUGUAGCCGUCGCCGUCGUUGUUGCUUAAGCUCCCUAUUAGGGAGCUCAAACAACGACGACGCGGCGUCUAUCAGGACGACAAAAAAGUAAUUGGUUUAGAUUGUCGAAACAACAACCCUGCACGUGCAAGUUCUUUGUUUGUUUGUUUGCUUUUUUUUUGCCGUCCCUUGACGACUACGACGCGAAAGUGCCUAUUUUCACGUUUUGACAAGGGUUCGAGAGCAUAAUGGCGAUUGGCCACGUUUUCAAGCGCUCCCGCUCUUGCAAAUGUUUACGUAAGAAAGGAAGCGAGGAGAACGUCUAGUUAACGAAUUAAGGUUAAGGAAAACGAGUAGCUGACCGUAAAACAUCUGAGAGAGCUGUGCGAAAAAGAGCGGAGGACGUCCCGGUAGCAAUUUAAAAGCGAAAAUUGUACAGACUGACGUACCAUGAAUGAGCCUAAAAUUUUGGAUGACAAAUUUUUUGGUAGCUUUCUGGGGUUGAUCUGAUUUUCUUUGUACAGAGAGAGGGGUUACAUCACUAAGACGUAGGGCUUUCUCGUAAUUGGACUUUUAUGGGCUAAAUAAGUAUAAUCAUGAUACUAUUAGCAACUUCCCGUAGUGGGGAGCUGUGAAUGGUACCAAAAACUUGCAGUGCAAAACAACAGCUUUGCACGUGCAUGAAGCUUUUUUGUACUUUUCUUUGCCGUUUUUGUUCGACUAUGACGUGAAAUUGUCAUAUUUUACGUCGUCUAGAGGACGUGAACAGACAACCAUUUUCUAUUUCUGUUUUGAAUUUAGAUACAGUCAUUUUUAGAAUUCAACCCCUGAAAAUUUCAACAAUAUUUAACAAAUUGACUGACAUGGAAUAAGAAUAAUGAAUUUCGAAACAGCGUGAAUUCACUUUUGAAGAGAAGUUUUCCCUACCGUCGUUGUUGUCGUCGUCGUCGUCGUUGCUCAAUAUCCCUAUCAUACCUUGGGGUGACGGGUGCUGUGUGAUGACAUAAAAAAUUCGCAUUAUUCGUUUCUGGGAAACUGCCCACCUUCUCCUCCCCUAAGUCAACAUUAACACUUCCAUCUCACUUAGGGCAAAAUGUUGGCUUAAGGGAGGGGUAGGUGGACAGUUUGCCAGAAACGUGUAAUGAUCCAAACAUUCCAGAGAAAAACAUUCCAAGAUUAUGUGAAAGUAGUGUGGAGUAAAUAUUACAUCAAUGAAUAUUAUUUAUUCGGUCUCUGAAAUUUUUUUUCUAAGGAGUGAAUAUUGAUCUCAUUACAGAACUUGGAGUGAAAGUAUAGUGAAUGAUGCAUGUCAACUUUUAGCUGAAGAUCUGCCUCUCGCACCCGGAACCCCAGGAGGUCAAAUAGAAUAUAGGAGAUCACUUGCUUCAAGUUUCUUUUUCAAGUUCUAUCUGAAUGUUUCUUUACAGCUUAGCAAUCAGGAGGUGAGAUGUCACAACCUUACUUUCUUGUUGGAUAAUUUUUCCAUAAAAGCUGUAUUGCAUAAUUGAGAAGUGAAGGGUCAAUCUCAUACUAAGUAGAGACUGCGGAAGUCAUCUCUUCCUUUUAAACGAGCACCGCUGUAAGAUGGGCAUCCCCUUAAAAUCAGGCACCCAGAGUUGAGGCUGGUAUCAAGGGUUCUCUCUCAGAGAGAGUUGAAUCAGUGUAUGGUUGUGGGCAGGGUUGACACAGUCUUCAAAGGGACGAGAAACAGGAUUAGGGCAAAAAUUCCUCUUGUUUAGUUGUAUUAAUGAUUGCAAUAUUCAGCUCAACAUGGUGUGGGAGAUGCAAAGAGAAAGGCAACAAAAAAAAUUAGCAAAACAACAACCACGUACGCUUUUUGGUACAUUUCGCAGAUGUCUUUGCACGACUACGAUCUGGAACUUCCUAAGGCCUUUGCCAAACGUCGAACUUUCAUGAGACGAACCAAACUCUAAUCUGGGUCUACUUAAAUUGAGUUAAGAUUGUCUGUUGGGUCAGACGUCCAACUUACGACGCCUCGAACCAAUCAACUGAAUAAGAUCAGUAAAAAAUUUUCUCCCGAACGAGGCUAAAUAUAUUAUAAUUUAUUAGUAUACUGUAUUUCGUUGCACGAGAAGUAAGAUCGACGUUCUCCCGGAGCUGAUCUUCAGACGUUCUAUCCGUCCUAAUAUCACGGUUUAUGGGGGAUACGUGAACGCAAGACAAAUCCGAUUUCUCUUUCUUUUCCUAAACAUAGAUAUAGACCUUAAAGUUCAACUCCAGAACAUUUGACAAAUUGAACGAGAUGAAAUUCACUUUUUAAGUGACCUUUUCGCCGCCGUUGCCGUCCUAACUGAGGGGGACAUUGGGGGGUACCCAAUACCGCAAUACCGUAAGAAAAAAUGGCAAAUACCGAAAUACCGCGUCGAAAAUCGUCUAAAUACCGAUACCGCAUAUUUUAAUCACAUUCAUAAUCGGUUCCGCAUACUUAUGGGUGCUUCCAUCUAGCGCGUUUAAUUAUCUCAGGCAUUUAUGCACCAGAUGUCCAUGUUUUUUUAAUAUUUUGGUAGUUGGCAAAUUUUUUGGCAAAUUUUCACUGAAAAGAACCUUUUGGUAGGCCGACCCAACAGCUAACUAACUCCAAUAAAAAUAAAUCUUGAAAGCGCGAAAAAAAAAAAAACAAAACAAAAAACAAACCAACCAAAACCCUUUCCACGCUCGUCUAGUGCGAGUUUGGAUGAGUCUAUAGUCUAGUAUGUCAGUAUCUCCGGGGUCAACUAUCUCGACUGUCUCCCCAGUGGGGAGGAGCGUUGCGUGACGACACUAAAAACGGCUGAGUAGCAGACUGGCACACGUACACAGAUCGAAAAGCCUGGUAAGGUACCUUGAGGUGACUCACUGUCAUUGGAUGCAACAACAAUCACAUUGUGUAUUAUCGACCAUUAACUGUCACAAAAUGACCCACAAUGGUUUAAUCAUUUACCGUCAUGUCUCAAGACUUCUGAAUAUUAACUUUUAUUGACCUUUAUGUCCUACUGUGUUUUGUUUUGCGUAUUGUAUCGAAAAGAAAGCGCAAAUAAACGGUACCGUAAUACCGUGAACAAUCUUAUUUCACCGAAUACCGUCAGCCAAAAUGAUGAAAAACCGCAUACCGCAGAGCUAGAUGAUACCGCAAUACCGCACGUUAAAAUUAAAAUUCCCGAAAUACCGCCUGAAAAAAAGCCCAAUACCGCAAUACCGUAAACCCCCAUGUCCCCCUCCUAACUGCUUGGGCCACCUGCAAGGCGGGGGGGCGUUUAUAGACUUAGAAGGGAUUUCGAAGCCACCUCAUUUACAAAAGAGACAAAGUAAUUGUGAGCCCCAUAAACCACCCCGCUCAUGAUCUCUGGUUCUAACCUACAAGUAGUCUGUAACAACAAAUUACAAUGAGGUUUAACUGUACUGUUAAUAAUAAAUCAAUGUGUUUCCUGUAUAGGCGGCUAAUAAUGUUGAAAUUCCUAAGUCCUAUGCAAGUGGAACCAGUGGUUUUCAGAGGGACAUUACAUACAGCACACAGACAUUCCAGGUAACGACCACAAUAUUGCAAUUUCAGCGCAUGUAUUCCCUAUGCAGUUCGCCAUACUUUACCUAUGGUACUGAAGAGGACAAUUUGAUAAACUUUCAAGGCUUCUUAUACUCUUGUUGAUCAUUUCUUCCUUUCUUACUACCUCUAUGUUGGUCAAAUCUCUCUUUUUUCAUAACCACAGGAAGUUCCUGCUGAUCAGUUGUUGGAAGAUGUGGUUGGCAGACCAAUGCCUCACUUGGCAGCAGCUAAACAAGCUACAGGAGAGGCUGUGUAUUGUGAUGAUAUGCCCAAGUAUGCAGGUAAGUUUUAGUGGAAAAAAAAUCGUAGGAAAGUUACAGUGUGAGCUUAUACUAGCGUACUGCCCAUGGCUCUGUGGGCGGCUGUCUUAGAGGCUGUCCACACUUGGUGAUCGGACACCAGUGCCUGGGUACUGGCACAUAAUGGUGGAGUUUCAAGGGGUGACUUCUGCUUCGGAAGCCGUCUCUACUGGUGUGCCUCAGGGCUCUAUCCUCGGACCAUUAUUGUUUAUUCUACACAUUAAUGAUUUACCUGAAGUAGUGUCCGAUUGCAAUAUUCUGAUGUACGCUGAUGACACUGUUUUAUACUGUUCAUCCUCUCAAGCCUCUGUCAUUCAAGACAAGCUGAAUGCAGAACUGUCUAAGAUUGAUCACUGGCUUUCUUUUAAUAGUCUGUUUGUUAAUGUAACAAAAACCGAAGCUAUGCUUUUCGGAACCGCCCCUAGAUUAUCUGCUGUUAACUCUUUUUCUAUUACUUUAAAUAACAAUGUAAUUAAGCGGGUUUUUCACUUCACUUAUCUAGGUAUAGUUUUUGAUGACCGCCUUAGCUGGAACGAGCAAAUAAAGUACCUAAUUUCGAAGGCGGGAAAACGCGUAGGAAUGCUCGGCAGGCUUCGCAGAAGCCUCACUAGAGAGAGUGCAAAUGUAGUGUAUUGUAGUCUAAUUAGGCCAAUUUUAGAAUACUGUGUAAGUGUGUGGGGCUGUUGCGGGGAAGGUCGUAAACAAGACCUUGAAGCCCUCCAAAACCGGGCUGCUAGGAUAGUGGCUUGUACUGUGCGCAGCAAGCAGGCAUUGGACGUUCUGAAAUGGCCCACCUUGGAGGAGCGCCGACGUCAAUCUGUUUUUAAACUCGUUAAGAAAUGCCUGCAAGGUCAAUGUCCCCAGUAUUUUAAACAAUAUUUUAAACGUAAUGAUACAAUCCAUGCGCGCGCUACUAAAUAGACAAAGCAACCUCUUACAUCCGCCUGCUGUGAGAACUGAAAUUGCAAAAAGAUCCUUCUAUUAUUAUGGUUGCACUCUUUUUAACGAAUUAUCUUGUUGAUAUUCCGUGUUUUACAUCUUUUAAUCUUUUAAUUGAAAAUAGUUUUCUAUUUAUAUUAUUACCUGUAUUAGUGUAAUGUUUAUAUGUUCAGUGUGGUUUUUGUGCGUUGUUGCUCAGGGCUCCCAUUGAUAACAGACAGCUUUUUGCGUCUGAAGGGGCUACCCUGAGCGGUAUAAAUUAAUAAAGGUUCUUCUUCUUCUUCUUCUUCUUCUUCUUCUUCUUCUUCUUCUUCUUCUUCAUGUUCACACUUUGAGUACCCGAUAUGUGACUGUGUACAUAGUUAUUCCAUUUCGCCCUGUCAGAUGCCACUUUGAAACAUAAUCUUAUGGCAGCGACAACAAAGCAGUGGACUGCAAGGAACUUACAAAAAUUGUGUGCACAGAGGGACCCAGUGCCCACUUUUGUGCCCGAGUACAAGGUGGAGACCCUAGCUUGUAGUCGAGCACCGGCACCGUGCCCGAAUUCUAGCGUGGGCACUUGAAAAAAGGGUGUGUUCACGUCAGUGCCCAGUGAGUACCGUGAUCGGGCACCCUGCCCAGGCAUCAAGUAUAAACGCUGCCUUAUUUUGCUAGCCUGCUCCCAAAGCUUUCAG